AUGCAGCCCUCAUUUUCUUAUGCUUUUGCGGCCCUGCUAGGAACACUGCAAUGCGUCCUUGGUCAGAACAUCGAUGCGUCGCCGCAGCUUCUAGCUGAGCUUGACUAUGGCACUUUUCAGGGUGCGUACUCGAAAGAGUUCAACAUCUCGUACUGGCAAAAGAUACCCUUUGCAGCACCUCCUAUAGGCGUCAACCGUUUCCGCGGUCCCCAACCCCCAAUCCCUGUCACGGAGAGUCCUUAUAAUUCAAGCCAGUUCUUCGACAUGUGCCCCCAAAGGACGGUCAAUGGCUCAGAAGACUGCCUAUAUCUGGGGCUCUACUCUCGGCCCUGGACUGAAGACCAACCACUCAAGCCAGUGAUUGUUACCUUCUAUGGUGGCGGGUUCGUUCAGGGUUCUGGGUAUUUUACGCUUCCACCAACGGGAUUUCCCUACAACACCAACGUGCCGCCGCCGUCCGACAUGAUCUUCGCCUAUCCCACACUGAAUGUAUCUUCUGCGUCCGACAUGGUCAUCGUCUAUCCCAAUUACCGCACCAAUGCUUUUGGCUUCCUGCCAGGAAAGCUCAUCGAUGAAGACCCCUUCUCCGAUCUGAACCCUGGCCUCCUGGACCAGGAAGCGGCUCUCAAGUGGACGAAGACGAACAUCGCCAAAUUUGGUGGCAAUCCUGACGACAUCACCAUUUGGGGCCAAUCUGCAGGCGGUGGCAGCGUGCUGGCGCAGACAAUCGGACGCAGCGGCAAAAAGAACCUCUUUCGCAGGGCUAUGGCGAAUAGUCCAUUCUGGCCAAAGGUGUACCAUUACGAUAGCCCCGAGGCCGAAGCACUGUACGAUGAGCUAGUCAACAGAACAGGUUGCGCAGGUCCAGACAGCCUGUCCUGCCUGAAGGGACUUGAAGUACAAACAAUCCGAGACGCGAGCCUGAAAAUCUCAGGACUUCUCAAGUACACGACGUCCUACUUCAACUGGGCACCUGUUAUCGACGGUAAGUUCCUGACCGAGUCUCUCACGGAAGCUACGUCUUCCAUCAAGAUUGAGAGGGCAUUUGCGAUGCAUAACACGCACGAGGGCGAGAGCUUUAUCCCAGCCAGCCUCCAAGGCGCAGCAAACGAGACCGCCUUCGACAAGUGGCUCCGCGGGUUUCUGCCCAACUUGAGCGAAUGCGAAAUUGCUGCCGUAAAGAAACACUACCCAGCAGAAGGGGCUACAGAAACCAUCGACUACGACAGCACCUGGGUGCGGGCCGGCCUAGUAUACAGAGACAACGUCCUGUCAUGCCCCGCCUACUGGUUCACGAACGCGGCGUCACAGGGCUACUUCGGCGAAUAUUCCCUGACGCCAUCGCUGCAUGCGAGUGACACAUUCUGGUGGAACCGGAUCAAUGCCACGCAGCUUCGGAGGCCUUCUUACUACAGAGGCUAUGCUGGCGCCAUCGCAUCCUUCCUGAUGAAGGGCAAUCCCAAUGAGCUGAAGCUCACGCCGGAGGACGUGGCCAGCGUACCGAUCGUUCAAGAUGGGAGUGAAUGGGUCAUCAACGGGAACGGCUUUGAUACCGCUGACGCGAAGCGCCUCGCGAGCCGUUGUGCCUUCUGGCGAAAGACAUCGGCCAGAGUCCCUGUGUGA